UUGAUUAUGUACUACGAUGGUUUGUAUCCACAUUUUUGGCUAAAAAAGACAGUUUCUUAACAAUGGAGGCUGAACUCGGAGUGAGUAGGGUAAAGUAUUAUCACUAGUUCUUCCUUUACAUCUGCAUUUUCGAUUUUCCUGUUCUUGGAGGCCUUGGAUCGGAUUCUAAAGAUUUCGUUGAAGAGAAGAAAAAAAAACAUAGAGGAGAAAGAAGAGCAUUGUGGAUUAUAAUGGAGAAAGAGAUUUGUAGAAGACAACUUUCAAGAGAAGGGAUAGGAUGUGUUUGGGUGUUUAUGAGCAUGUUUGAUUUCAGGCAUGGUGGGCCUAACCAGAAACUGUUGAUGGAUAAGAAACGUGGAAGCAAAAGAAUCAUAGGCAUUGAGACCAAGGUUGAGAAGCAGCUUACCUGUGACAAUGAGGAGAGUGAAGAUGGAAUGCAGAGUGUCAAGAAGCUCAUAGAAGAGGAGAUUGAUGAGCAAAAGUGUGAUUUUGAAUGCAGAGGAGGGACAAAGGCGAGAAGCCGGAAGAGGGGAAGUAGAAACUGCAGCAAAGCCAGUGAUGAUAUCAACGUUUCUAUUGCCGGUGAUGAUGAUGAUGAUCAUGCAGAUGAUCAGUGUCUGAGAAUAUCUCAGAGCGAAGCUGACUCGAUAAGUGAUGAUUCCGAAGAGAAAUUCAGCGAGCUGAUAAAGAGGUUGAUAGCUCAGAAGGAAAGUGAGAUAGAUGUGCCAGUAUCUGGAGAUUCUCCGAGAGCCAAAGAAUGUACACAAACAAUUGUAAUUUUGAAGCCUGAACCAAAUAGCUUGGAUGUUGGCUCAUCACCUGAAACACAUGCUAGAGGAAACAAGUCUAAAAAUGGGAGGUUCGGCUCUCGCUUCAUUCUCAGUAGAAUCAGAAGAAGACUAAAAUCAGCUGUUGGAAAGAAUCCAUGCAACGCUCAACACUCCUCUGAUCCAGAUCCAGUUGCAUUGUCGUCUAGCAUGACUCAAAACUGUUCUUUGGGAGAAGAUAUAGAGACUAAUAAUUCCGGGCGGCAUGUUUCAGAUGGGGAAAUGUUGCCUGAAGUUGCUUCAAAAGGUGAGGCUACUAAAGAGGAAAUUAUCCAUGGAAGUGAAGAUACGAAGAAGAGUAUGUGCGGUAUAUACAUCGCAGCCAAGAAACAUCUGUCUGAAAUGCUUGCAGAAGGAGAUAUAGAUGUGGAUUUACCUGAUAAGCAAGUACCAAGAAUCCUGGGGAGGAUUCUUGCUCUCCCUGAGUUCUCCACACCAGAAAGCAGUCCAAGAAUGACCUUGGCGCAUGAUUUUGUUGGUCAUCAGAUAACAGAGAAACCAAAGAUUCAACAAUGCAGUUCGGAAGAUUACUCUGAGACACUUGGAUUGGAUUCAAGCAAGCAUGAAGAAACAACGUCUACGAGUGAUAUCCUAGUUCCCCGAGCAGGCGUCUCAGACACUGAGAAGGAAGGGGAAGAGAAGACUGUUCUGGAUUCGUUGUCUAUAGCAAAUAGCUCUUCCGUUAUCCAACAAGAUGGAUAUGUUGAUGAGGAUAAGCACCAGCAACUCUUGGAAAAGGAAACUUUUGACGAGAGCCAUUCACCGUGUUCUCCACCAAACUCUUCAGUUAGAAUGUCUGAUUGCCAAGAAAAUUCUACAGAUGUGCCAGGAAAGUCAAGUCCCGUGUCUGUGCUUGAGCCUCUCUUUACAGAUGAUGACAUUAGUCCAGAUAGCUCCAGGUUCUCUUCAGUCAAAAUGCGGUUGCAACCACUGUGCAUAAGAUUCGACGAACCUGAUUCUCCGAGACCCGACAAAGAAAAUGAAGUCAAAACUAGAAUGGAUGACAAGGAAUUGGCACUUGCAUACAUUCAAGCCGUGGUGAAAUCCUCAGACUUGAACUGGGAAGAGCUCUUGGUGAGAUCUUUUUAUUCGGAGCAGAUUCUUGAGCAGGCUCUAAUGGAUGACAUUGAUUUCUGCUCAACAAACUUCUGCAACGACAAGAAACUCCUCUUUGACUGUAUCAAUGAAGUUCUUAUGGAGUUGUGUGGGCAUGGCCCUUGGAUUUCAUUCGCCAAACCUGCAGUCCGGUUUGUCCCAGACAUGGAAAAUGCUGAUGAAUUGGUGCAAGAAGAGGUUUACUGGCAUCUCUUACCUUUGCCUUCUCCUCACACGUUAGACCAGAUAGUGAGGAAAGACCUGGCUAGGACUGGAAGCUGGAUGGACCUCCGCUUUGAUAUCGGCUGCAUCGGUUCUGAAACAGGCGAAAGAAUCCUUGAAGAACUUCUAGAAGAGAUAGUCAGCAACUGCACAGACUUUUUCCAAGCUGAAACACAGUCAACAAAACCACAAUGCACAAGUUGAUUCCUUGAGUUUCAAUGCUCCAACCAACACUUGGUGCAAGAAAACUUGUGCUUACAAGAACGACACUCAUGGUCGUCGUCAGGAGGCUCCUUCGUUUACUCUGAACAGUUUCACUUCCACUGCCAUGGAUAAGCUCUAGUUCCUUUUCUUGUGCAGAUACACACAACCACAGGUUUUAAUACCACAAAGACUGCUAUAAAACUAAAACAAACAAAAAACCUCUCUUUUCUUUUCUUUGCCAUUGGGCCUCUGUAGAGUUUUGAGUUAUGCUGUGAAUGUUAGCUGGUAUGUUGUUAUAUGAGGAUGAAUAAUAGACGAGGCUCGA